CCUCUAUCUCCACCCUCCCCCCUCCCCGCAGCACCAAGCACCGCAGAACCAAACCCUAGCCGCGCUUCCCCCCCUCCAGAUCUCGGCGGCCUCCCCCGCCUCAUGGCGGCCCUCGCCCCGACAAGCUCCAGCCUCCCCGCCCGCCGCCUCUAGCUCCGGAUCGGCCGCGCACGCAAGGCCACAGCUAGCCAGCCAGCCAGCCAUGGAGCCCGCCGAGGACGCCGCAGCGGCCGCCGCCGCCGCGCUGGACUCGUGGGAGACGGCCGACAUCGACGGGCCCAUGAGCCGGCUCAUCCUCACCGCGCGCCGCGUGUCCUCGUCGCCCGACCUGGCCGAGGAGCAGCAGGACCCGCCCCCGCCCCCGCCCCCGGCGCCGCCGCAGACGCAGACGCAGGGCCCCGCCGCCGCGGGCGACGAUUUGGUCGCCCAGGUCGAUCAGUUCCUCCGGGAGGCCCUCGAGAAGCCGCGGGAGAGGCUCUCUGUGCUAAGAAUGGAGCAAGAUAUUUUGAAGUUCGUCCGUGACCCCAGACGGACAGAGUUUGAAUUCACGGGUCUCCCAACUUCAUAUCUGCGUCUUGCUGCACACCGCCUGGGACAACAUUACUUCCUCCAGUCCCAUGCCAUACCAGACAACAGUUUGCCUGAUGGAACUGGUUCUCGUAUUAUUCUCCGUAAGACGUCAUCUGAGUGCCGGCUGCCUGCUGUGCGACUUGCAGAUAUUCCAGUUAACCUGCCACAAGAAGAGAGCAGUACUGUGGCCAAAGUAGCAAUCAAGCAGAGGCCUCAAAAGAAUUUCCAUAGCAUUAACAGCUCAAGUCCUCACUCUUCUAGAGACAAUCUCCAGAAAAGUGUUGAAGAAAGAAAAGAGGAAUACAACAGGGCGCGUGCACGGAUAUUUAACAACAGCAGUAGCGGUAAUGCUGCUGAUGGGAGACCUGUUGAGGAAGUGGCUUUGCCCAAUACUCUGCUUAGGUCCUCUUCCUUGGAGUUGAACUCAAGCAAUAGAAUGGGCCAAGGGGCUGAAAUUUGUGCAAUUACUCUUGAAAGGAGCUUGACUACCACUUCAGCCAGCAGCAGGUCAAACCGAAGCAAGAUCGAGAAGGAGCCUGGAGUCAAUAGAAACAGGCAAAAUAACAGGGUUGCAAUUUUCAGGGACCGUGAGUCAGAGCGAAAAGAUCCUGAUUAUGAUAGGAGUUAUGACAGGUACAUGCAAAGAUUUGACCCUGGAUUUGGAUUUAAUGGAGGCCCAUACACCAUUCAACCCCUGUAUGCCCCUGCUGUAAACUACAACACUGAAUUCCCCCAACUUGGCUCAGCACACAGAUCUCCUGUUGCUGUUGAACAGCAGCCUCGUCCAAUAGCUCAGCACAUGCCUGGGUCAUGGUCAGCGGGACAAGCACCUAAUGCAAUUGGCUAUGGACCUCCAGAUGGAGUCAUGGCACCUUACAGUCCUGGUCACGCAGGUGCUCCUGUGAGAUCUUCUGUUUUCAUGCAUGCUUCGCAGCAAUAUGCCAUACCUUCACGCCCUGGAGUGCCAUUUGUACAUCCACCGGAAUCCAUGGGACCAUUUGCACAGACUCACCAACAACCAGAAGCUAGUUUGCGCUUUGCCCGGCCCCGGUGAGGGGCCCGGGCAUGCCUGCACCUGCCAGCACGCGCUCAACAUGUCAAAUUGGAUGAUGCAUCCAAUUUAACUGUUGCUGGAGGACUGCAGGCAUAGAGUGACCAAGAAGCGCUGGGCAGAGGCAUUCACCCACUCAAUCAUGCCAGCUUAUGCGUUCUUGGUGUUUUUGCUCCCUGCAUAUUGAGAUGCAGGAGGGGCAUGAUAUACUCCAUUGAAAGGUACUUGAGGUUCAUUGGACAGACUUCUAGGUCCAAUGCACAAAGAAGCCGAGAAGUGAAGGGCAGGACCAGUCACCUCUGUGGUGCUGCCAGCUCAAUUGCUGUUGCUUGCUCCUCUCAGAUUAAGAUGCUGGAGGUUUAUUGGACAGAUCCUUAAGUCCAAUGCACAAUUCUCAGUGCGGUUGCAUGCUGCUCUCAGAUUGAGAUGCUGGAUGGGCCCAUCUUGUUGCUUGCUCCUUUGAUGGGCCCUUGACUGAUGAUGCAACAACAACAUAGCCUUUCCUUGACUCAUGAUGAUGAUGAAAAAAAGAUUGGGAUGGUGGGUGCUGGACCAGAGAAGAGUUUGGGGGUGAUCCACCAUGUUAACAGGCAAUGGGGAAUUGGGGAUGCGGUUUCUGAUGGGCUGGAAGGAAGAUAUAGGCACUUGCUGUGUUGGUGGCUACGGAUGCGGCACUCUUGAAGAUGAGCAAGAGUGAAGACAAGGUUCUUGAAGAUGAGCAAGAGUGAAGACAAGGUUCUUCCUUGCCUAGUGCAGCCCUGGCUCGAUCAGGACUAGGAAGAUGCUGGCGUCUGUUGCUGCCGUGGCUGUUUUAAGAUGAGUGUUGUGUUGUACAUGAAUGUGCGUUAGCUGAGUGACCCAGAAUAUUUACUGUACUAUGUUAAGUAACGACUCUAGGUGGUAAACUGAGAUGACUAUAAAUCAUUAUGCUACGGCGAUUAGUGUUAGUUCCACAAUGACGCUAAGGUGGUGCCGACGUGCCGGUACUGGAUGUAUGCUUUGCUUAUCUUUCUGUGCGAUGUAAAUGACGGCUGUGAGCCUGUGACAAUACACUGUACAACAACUGUGUCAUGGUAUAUGUGCAGGUGUGCCGAGUGAUCCA